AUGUCUGUCAAGAACGAAUAUCUUUGCAUCCUCCCGGACAAGCCGGACGCCCUGGCCAAAAGACUGGAAGUACGCGCACAACAUCUCACCAACAUCACGCCUCUUGUUGACUCAGGAAAGGUGGUUCUGGGUGGAGCCAUGCUCGACCAGCACCCCAACCCAGGUGACGCCGUCUCCUUCAAGGGUAGUGUUCUGAUGUUCGUGGCGGAGAGCAAAGAAGAGGUGGAGGAGUUGGUCAAGAAUGAUAUUUAUUCGAAGUCUGAUGUAUGGGACCUGGAAAAAGCGCAAAUUAUUCCGUUCAAGUCUGCUGCCCGGGUGGCUCUGUAG